AUGGCGCCGUACCACGAGGAGGUCGAACUCAGUACGCUCAAAAUAAAAGAAGACUCCCUGACCCUCGGGAGCAGCUACAGCAUGCGCCGCGAGCCGGUAUACGACCCGAGCCCCGCGCCGGGCGUCUUCAGCCGCAUGCUGGAGAGCUUCAAGCGCGAUCCGGAGGGUGCGCGCAAGGACUCAGUCGUUGACGACGUGGAAUCCGGUAGCACCAGCGACCGUGUACACAAUGGCGUCCACUACUACGAUAUCCGCCGCGCGAACUUGCAAACCUCCAAUUCGUUGCUGGUGAGGAGGCUGAAGGGGAGGCACCUGCAGAUGAUUGCCAUCGGCGGUUCCAUCGGCACGGGCCUAUUCGUGGCAUCCGGCACUGCACUUGAGGUCGGCGGUCCGGCCUCAUUAUUGAUUGCGUUCUCGCUGGUUGGCGCCAUGUUAUAUUGCACCUGUCAGGCUCUGGGAGAGUUGGCUGUUGCUUUCCCCGUAGCCGGCUCCUUCUCGGCCUACUCGACACGAUUUUUGGAUCCGUCAUGGGGUUUCGCCAUGGGUUGGAACUACGCCUUACAAUGGCUGAUUGUACUACCUCUCGAAAUCAUAGCUGCCUCCAUCACGAUAACAUAUUGGGACGGGAAAUAUGUGAAAGCCAUCUUCGUCACCGUCUUUCUGGUCGGGAUCGUGGCCAUAAACCUCUUUGGUGUAAAAGGAUACGGUGAAGCUGAGUUCUUAUUCUCCAUCAUCAAAGUCAUAGCCGUGAUAGGCUUCAUUCUACUGGGUAUCGUCCUCAACUGUGGAGGAACUCCGGAUUCGGGUUACAUUGGCGGCAGGUACUGGCACAAACCGGGGGCCUUCCACAACGGCUUCAAAGGCCUCUGCAGCGUCUUCGUGACGGCAGCCUUCGCUUUUGCUGGCACCGAGCUCGUCGGUCUCGCCGCGGCGGAAACCGCCAACCCGCGCAAAUCCCUCCCAACCGCAAUCAAGCAGGUCUUCUGGCGCAUUACCCUCUUCUACAUCGUCGCCCUUGCCCUUAUCGGCCUGCUGGUGCCGUACGACGAAAAACGCUUGCUGGGCGCCACGUCCACGGCUGACGCGAAAACCUCCCCCUUCGUCAUCGCUAUCGAGAACGCACAGAUUGACAUCCUACCCUCCGUCAUGAACGCAGUCAUCCUCAUCGCCGUCCUCUCCGUCGGCAACUCUGCCGUCUUCGGUUCCUCCCGCACCCUCGCCGCCCUCGCGGACCAGCAACAAGCACCCCGCUUCCUCUCCUACGUCGACCGCAAAGGCCGGCCUCUAACAGCCAUCGGCGUCGCCUCCGCCGUCGGCCUCCUCGCCUACCUCGCCGACCUCGAGGCCCAGGACGAGGUCCUCGACUGGCUCCUCGCCAUCUCGGGCCUCUCCUCCGUCUUCACCUGGGCCUCCAUCUGCCUCUGCCACAUCCGCUUCCGCCACGCCUGGGCACGGAAAGGCCACGGCCUGCACGAGCUCGCCUUCCGCUCCCAGGUCGGCAUCGUCGGCUCCUGGUGCGGCCUCAUCAUGAACGUCCUCGUCCUCAUCGCCCAAUUCUGGGUCGGCGCCUUCCCUGUCGGCUGGGAGAACCAGCAGGCCAACUGGGUCGCCCGCAACUUCUUCCUCCGCUACGCCGCCUUCCCCAUCGUCCUUGUCUUCUACCUCGUCCACAAGCUCUACUUCCGCACCACCUUCAUCCAGACGGACGACAUGGACCUUGUUACCGGCCGCCGCGACUUCAACCUUGGCAUCCUCGUCGCCCAGGAACAAGAGGAGAAGAGGACCUGGCCGAGGUGGAAGCGCAUGUACAAGUUUCUGUGCUAG